AUUUUUACUGCGAUUCUGCUGUUGUAGUAUUCAACGAGUACUUUAUUUCGUUGAUGCCUCUUUUUUUCUAAAAUCCGAAAUUAAAAGUGAUAGUGUAAUUCAAUCAACUACCAAUUCCUGUAUCAGUAUGCCUACUUAUUACGAAGAAGAAACUGAAGAGGAAAAGAAGAAUAGGGCCAGAGCAUGCUCUGGAUUGAGAGAAGAUUUAAAGGCGUGUCUUUUAAAAAGCCCCUGUGUCAGAAGAGACAAAAACACUCCCAAAGAAUGUUUGAUGUUAGGAAAGCAUGAAUCUGUACCGGAUGACUGUUUGGCUUUAAGGCAAGCCUUCUUCGAAUGCAAAAGAUCGAUUCUUGAUAUGAGGACGAGAUUUAGAGGACGAAAGGGAUAUUAAAUGUCAUAUUAAAGAUGUAAAUAAAAACCUUUCGUAUAGAUUUUAGGUAAAUUUGUAUCUAGUUAUAUAAUAUUUAUUACCUCAAGAAGGUUAAUUAUAAAAGAAAUGACAAUGUUUCAUUUGCUAAGAAACUCAUCAACAAAUCGUAAAGCGUCAAUCAUAUCUGAGUAAUUCGCAAAAGUUUCAGCAUCUUUAAUAUUCAACCAUUUAUAGUCAAUGUGCUCAUCGGAUAGUUUUAUCUCUUUUCCUUCCUUUAUUUGAGCUAUCCUGUAAAAGAAUAGGAAUAUAUUUUUACAACAGAUUACCUAUAAUAACUAUAUAA